AUGGAUUCCAACACUAAAUCAGCCGAAACUUCUGCACAGCUGCAGCCGAAGACUAGCUGCCACAGAACAGCAGCGGAGCGCAUGGCAUCGCGGGAUUAUCGCAGCAUCGCCAUGAUGCCGCAACGCGGCGCAAUAGCAUUCACGACCAGCAUGCCAAACAAGGCAUCAUUGGACAAACCUUUCACAAUUGUUUUCGGGAAGAUUUCGUCAACUGGUGCCUCCGUUGCCGUGUCAGACUGGGCAGGAACUCCAACUUACCAGAGGCCGCAGCGAAACAGCAAGCUUGAUACGAGUCAAAUGUUACACCCAGCAGAGCAAAGCGCUUUCCUACGGUGGACCGACCCCAAGACAGCAGCAAUUGUUCGAAAUACCCUGGUGGAGGUUCGAGACGCUGGAAGCAUGGGCCUUGGCCUCUUUGCCCUCAGGGACAUCAGCCGAGGCACGAGGAUAAUAGAGGAGGAGGCAAUGUUUGUCGUGCCGGAGACUCUGACCAUAGAUGACGAGCUGAAUGAAUUCUGCUCCGCGUUUCAGCAUCUGACUGAAGCGGAGAGGAGCAAUUUUGACCAGCUUCAUUGCUGCUCAGACAUGAUAGACACCAAGGUGAUAACCGCCGUCCGCCGCUGGCGCACACAUAAUCUUCCUAAUGAUAUAGACGGGACCAGGCUAGUCGGCAACCCGGUGCAGGGAAAUCUGGGAGAUCAUCUACGACCGAUUCAACAAAGUUCCUGGCCAAUUGCGUGUGUUGCAAGGUCGGAGGUGUUUCUGGAAAAGCCUUGUAACUAUGCCGCGCUUGAAAAUUUGACGAGUUGGUACGCCUGCGGGAGGGACGUUUUGCAGGAAGAUGGUAACGACACCAAAGAUGCUUCUUCGAGCCAAGUGGAACAGGGGUUCAUUCUGUGGGACAAACAGCUAAAGGAGGAGUCUUUGAGCCCUAAUAUGCGAUUGAAUAGGGAAAGUACCAGAAUAGCCGCCAACCUACUCAAAGACGGAAAGAAGAACAACGAGUGA